AUGGCGGCCGUCAGGGUGACGCUGCCGCAGCUGAGCGCCCUGUUGGCUCUGGCGUGCGGGCUGGCGGGUCGGAUCGCGGCCCUGGAGUUCGGAGGCGCGGCGGGGCAGUGGGCGCGCUACGCGCGGUGGGGGGAGGCGGGCUCCCAGGGCGAGUUGAGCUUCAGCCUGAGGACCAACGCUUCCCGGGCGCUCCUGGCGUACCUGGACGACGGCGGUUACUGCGACUUCCUCGAGCUGAUGAUCGUCGAGGGAAGGCUGCGCCUGCGCUUCACCAUCUUCUGCGUGGAGCCCGCCAGUUUCCGCUCCGAGACCCGCGUGGACGACAACCGCUGGCACAUGGUGCUGCUCACCCGCAACUACCGGGAGACCACGCUGGCGGUGGACUCGGAGGUCAAGACGGCCGCGGUGCGCUCCAAGCGCCGGGACAUGACGGUGGCCAGCGACCUGUUCGUGGGUGGGAUCCCGCCGGACGUGCGCCUGUCCAGCCUCACCUCCAGCACCGUCAAGUACGAGGUGCCCUUCCGAGGCCUCAUCGCCAACCUCAAGGUGGGCGGCACACCCCCGGCGCUGCUGGGAAGCCAGGGGCUGCAGAACGACCCGGAAUUUCUGUGCUCCGGGCACAAUCCGUGCCUGAACGGAGGCGUCUGCUCCGUGCUGAACGGGAAGGCGGUGUGCGACUGCUCGGAGACCGGCUACCGGGGGCGUCUGUGCGACGAAGGUAGGGACCCCACCCCCCCGGUGUCCUUCUCUUCCACGCGGGAGUAA